GGCACUGACUGGCAUCACUGCUGGGCACUGACUGGCGGCACUGACUGGCACAACCCCUGGGCACUGACUGGUGGCACUGACUGGCAGCACUGCUGGGCUGCACUGGUGGGUGGCACUGGUGGGUGGCACAGGUGGGUGGCACUGGUGGGCACAUGUAGGUGGCACUUCUGGGAACAGGUAGGUGGCACUGCAGAGUGGCACAGGUGGGUGCACUGCUGGGCACAGGUGGGUGCACUGCUGGGCACAGGUGGGCGGAACUUGCGGGUGGCAUUGCUGGGCACCGAUCAUCAGGGCACUGAUCAUCAGUGCCCUGAUGAUCGGUGCCGAUCCCCGCUCUGACAACUGCCGGUUCUCGGCAGUACUUUCCUCACGAUCUGACAGCGUGAGGAAAGUGCAGCCGAGAACCGGCACUUGCAU